AUCGAAUUGAAGCAGCGUCACGUCGGAGCAUUCAACGACAGCUUCAAACAGCCCGCAUUGUGCCCACGGUCGAUACCCAAGAUGCUCUCCCGACGAAUUGCAGCCAAGACCCCUCUGCGGUCGGCAACGGCUGCAGUCGCGGCGCGCCGGCUGCCCAUUGUCCAGCAACGGACCUACCUACCAGAGUACAACAAGAACCUCGACGAGAGAUACCCUGCCUACCCCAACCUGUCCGAUGUCGAGGACCCAAACAUGAACGGAGGCUACGUCCAGCCCGCCCCGAUCAAGCGACAGUUCCGCGACCCCCAUGGCGACUGGUGGGACAAGCAGGAGCGGAGGAACUACGGCGAGCCCUGCCACGAGGACUACGACACGCUGGGCGUCUUCUCGCCGCACGUGUACACCUGGGUCAGCCCACGCAAGGGCCUCGUCCAGAUCGCGGCCUUCAUCGCCACCUUCCUGAGCGUCUGCUACGUGGUCAAGGCCACAUAUCCCGACCGGCCGUCCUUCCCGCGCGAGUUUGAGGACGGGCUGCAGCGCGAGCUCGGCGGCGCAGGCGCAACGAGGGCGAGGGCACCAGAGGAUCCGGAGCCGUUCCAGGCGGAGGAGCUGGACUGAGCUGUGCCUUGUACUUGUAGAUAUGUGCCAGACCUCGAAUGGAACGAGCUAGAUUCAGACAUG